UGUGUGUGUGUGUGCACCACGGGACGCCAUCCUUUUCCGCGGAGCUGUCACAAAGGAUAGCACUUGGCAUCCUCACUCCUCACUUCCCAGGAGCACCGACUCCACAAAGUUCUGGUGCCUGUUUCUCCGGGAUCACUGCCAGGACCUGCAGAGAAACAUCUUGAUUUUUUCUUACAAUGGAACUUAAAAAGUCACCUGAUGGUGGAUGGGGCUGGGUGAUUGUGCUUGUCUCCUUCUUUACUCAGUUUUUGUGUUAUGGAUCCCCGCUGGCUGUUGGAGUCCUGUACAUAGAAUGGCUGGAUGCCUUUGGUGAAGGGAAAGGAAAAACAGCCUGGGUUGGAUCCCUGGCAAGUGGAGUUGGUUUGCUUGCAAGUCCUGUCUGCAGUCUCUGUGUCUCGUCUUUUGGAGCAAGAACCGUCACAAUCUUUAGUGGCUUCAUGGUGGCUGGAGGCUUGAUGUUGAGCAGUUUUGCUCCCAAUAUCUAUUUUCUGUUUUUUUCCUAUGGCAUUGUUGUAGGUCUUGGAUGUGGUUUAUUAUACACUGCAACAGUGACCAUUACAUGCCAGUAUUUUGACGAUCGCCGAGGACUUGCACUUGGCCUGAUUUCAACAGGUUCAAGCGUUGGCCUUUUCAUAUAUGCUGCUCUGCAGAGGAUGCUGGUUGAGUUCUAUGGACUGGAUGGAUGCUUGCUGAUUGUGGGUGCUUUAGCUUUAAAUAUAUUAGCCUGUGGCAGUCUGAUGAGACCCCUCCAAUCUUCUGAUUGUCCUUUGCCUAAAAAAGUAGUUCCAGAAGAUCUACCAGAUAGAUACGCCAUUUACAAUGAAAAAGGAAAGAAUCUGGAAGAAAAUAUAAACAUUCUUGACAAGAGCUACAGUAGUGAGGAAAAAUGCAAGAGCACAUUAGCCAAUGGUGACUGGAAACAGGAGAGCCUACUUCAUAAAAACCCCACAGUGACACACACAAAAGAGCCUGAAACGUACAAAAAGAAAGUUGCAGAACAGACAUAUUUUUGCAAACAGCUUGCCAAGAGGAAAUGGCAGUUAUAUAAAAACUACUGUGGAGAAACGAUGGCUCUUUUUAAAAACAAAGUAUUUUCAGCACUUUUCAUUGCUAUCUUACUCUUUGACAUUGGAGGGUUUCCACCUUCGUUACUUAUGGAAGAUGUAGCAAGAAGUUCACACGUGAAAGAAGAAGAGUUUAUUAUGCCACUUAUUUCAAUUAUAGGCAUUAUGACAGCAGUUGGUAAACUGCUUUUAGGGAUACUGGCUGACUUCAAGUGGAUUAAUACCUUGUAUCUUUAUGUUGCUACCUUAAUCAUCAUGGGCCUGGCCUUGUGUGCAAUUCCAUUUGCCAAAAGCUAUGUCACAUUGGCAUUGCUUUCUGGUAUCUUAGGGUUUCUUACUGGUAAUUGGUCCAUCUUCCCAUAUGUGACCACGAAGACUGUGGGAAUUGAAAAAUUAGCCCAUGCCUAUGGGAUAUUAAUGUUCUUUGCUGGACUUGGAAAUAGCCUUGGACCACCCAUCGUUGGUUGGUUUUAUGACUGGACCCAGACCUAUGACAUUGCAUUUUAUUUCAGUGGCUUCUGCGUCCUGCUGGGAGGUUUUAUUCUGCUGCUGGCAGCCUUGCCCUCUUGGGAUACAUGCAACAAGCAACUCCCCAAGCCAGCUCCAACCACUUUCUUGUACAAAGUUGCCUCUAAUGUUUAGAGGAAUAUUGGAAGACACGAUUUUUGCUGUUUUAUACCAUAUAGCAACAAUAUUUUAACAGAUUCACAAGCAAAUUUUCUAGGGUCAAGACUAUUUUUCAUAGCAAAAUUUCACAGUGGCUGAGUUUGAAUGAAUUAUUCUAUUUUUUACACACCCUAUUUUUUUAUGUAGUGUAUGUGUAGCCUCUAUCUCAUGUAUUCUUUUCUCUUUUCGCUCCCUGCUCCCUCAAUGGGACUAUUCUGUUUUGCUGUUAUUCACUAGUUCUUAAUGUUGUAAAAAGUUUGGCCAGCCUCAGAAGGCUUUCUCUUUGUAAGGAAGUAUAAUUUCUCUGCCGACUCCAUUUAUUCCACUGCGAGGCAUGAAAAGAGGUCUCUCCUAUUUUAAAAGUGAUGCACGCAUCAUGAUAAGAUAUGUGUGAAGCCCACUAGGAAAGAAAUCAUUCUCUUCUCUGUGUUAGACUUGCUAGUAAACAGAAGACUUCGAGCCAGCCAGGAAAUUAAAAUGGUUACUCAAACAACCUUAAGAAUCGCAGUGGAGCAAAUUGGUCGUUUUUUAAAAAAAGAUAUUUUAACUUACAAUCACCAGUUUUCAUUGUUCUAUUUUAUUUACCUCACUGAAGUACUCGCAUAUUGUUCGAUACCCACUGAGCAUAAACUGUUUCAGUUUCUAAGGUGUUUGCUGAGAUGCAGGUGAACUCCCAAUGGAGGAGUAGUCACUGUAGACUUUCUUUAUGGUUGAUCAUUCCAACCUUGCUCACUUUUGUUUCUCAGCAUCCACUCAGCUGAUAUUUCCCAGGAAGUGCUAAUUUUACGUGUUUCCAAAUUGGAAACACAUUUCUCAACCAUUCCGUCUGGCAAACGGGAACCGUCCAUUUGCUUUGGGCACAGUGGGGUUGGGCUGCAAGGUCUUGCAUAUCCUCCUGGUGAAGCAUUUAUUUGCUACUAUUAGAUUUUACCACUAUUAAAUUUAAUUCAAGGGCAGAACUAAAAGUGUGUGUGUGUGUGUGUGUGUGUGUGUGUGUGUGUGUGUGUGUGUGAUACAUGCUCUAAGUCUCCAUGGGAUAUGGGAAGGGAAAAGGGCAAUAAGAAAUUCAUUCCCUUGGCCAGGCACAGUGGCUCACACCUGUGAUCCCAGCACUUUGGGAGGCCGAGGCGGGUGAAUCGAGAGGUCAGGAGUUCAAGUCUGGCUAACAUAGUGAGACCCCAUCUUUACUAAAAAAAAAAAAUACAAAAAAAUUAGCCUGGUGUGGUGGUGUGUGCCUGUAAUCCCAGCUACUUGGGAGGCUGAGGCAGGAGAAUUGCGUAAACCCAGGAGGUAGAGGUUGCAGUGAGCCGAGAUCACCCCAUUGCACUGCAACCCAGGCAAUAGUGCGAGACUCCAUCUCAAAAAAAAAAAAAAAAACCCCAGAAAGAAAUUCAUACCCGUAUCCAUCUGCAUUUAACAUUAAGAAAAAUGUCCUUGGAAUAAAUUCCAAUUUUUAAUACAUUGAUAUAUUUUUCUAAAGAAAUGGGUUUUAGACUUUGGUAUGCAUCAGAAUCCCCUAUAGAUCUUUUUAAAAUAUUAGUGCCUGGGUAUCAUGUGCAGAGUUUUUAUUUCUGUUGGUGUGGGCUGUUGCUCAAGCAUCUAUAUUUUUAUUGAGCUCUUCAAGUGAUUCUGAUAGCACAGCCUGGAUUGAGAAUUUUUAUAAGAUUGACAACAGAAAAAACAUUUAUUCUUUUAAAUAAUAAUUAUUUUAAACCCAAGAGGUCAGGGGUUUUAAUAAACAAAUAGCCAAGUGUUCUUUAAAUAGGAGGCACCCUUCCAUUGUGCCAAAAUCAUCUUUUCAUUUCUUUUGAAAUAUGGACGAUUAUUUUAUACUUGUAUGUUGCCUUUCUUUGAAGGCACCUGAAGCACUUUAUAAACAUGAAUCCUCACAACACCUCUGUGAGGUAGGUAAAUAGUACUUUUCUAUGUAGUAAACCUGGAGUAUGGAGAAUUUCCUAACUGUUCAUUCUACUCAAUAAUGCAAUAAUGGAGCUCCAGGGUGUCUUUGUGUAGAAGUCCACUCAGACUUCUGGAAAGUUUUCUGUACCUCAUUUGUUAGUCCCUGUCAAGGUUAGUAAAUAAAAUAAGUGACAUUAAAAAAAAAAACUAAACUACAUGUUGUGAUGAAAGUUCCUUUUUGCCAAUGUUAUGUUCAGGAAACUCAAUAACCUGAAAAAGUUUGACUUUUAUAUGACACCUUCACAUUUAUCAAUGCUGAUAACUGUCCAAAGGCAUCUUCACUGUGUCUACUAAUAACAUCCAGUGUGUGCAUUAUCUGUUGUCUAGGUGAUGAAUUUUAAGUUACAAUAAAAUUUUUGUUUGUUUUGCA